AUGCGAGAAACAAUGUGGACUAGAGGCAGAGAUGGUACUGUUGCGGGUCGGGUCAUUGAUAGAGUCGAUGCUCGUGCUCGAGCAGCUGCUGAUGAAGCUGACCGGAGGACUGAGCAGGCGGGUAGGGGGUUCUGCGCACCUCGUCGCCAGGGUGGUAGAGCAUCCACUAUCAUGGACGAGCAGGUGGUUCAAGAUGAUGUUGAUGAGGUUGAGGCGGUGGUUGUUGCUGAGGUUGAGGUGAUGCCUGUUGUUGAGGAGGAGGUUCCUGUUGCUAAGGAGGAGGUUGUUGUUGCUGAGGAGCAGGUGCCUAGAGUUGAGGAGCGGGUGGCUGUGGUUGAGGAAGGGGUUGCUAAGGAGUGGGUGGUGCAUGAUACGGGCACCACCACAGGUGCAUCUAUGGAGCCAUCAGUACACACUGAUGGAGCUUUUCCAGGAGGACCUUCUGACAGGUCCGUUUUGACAGGAUAUGCUGACCAUGUCACUUAUAGGAUAUGGCAGGGCGAGGAGCGACCGGUGCUAAAGCUCACUUCUCACGGGUCGAAAUUGAAGAACUUCCCCGAGAGACCGAUGAUUGAGCAGGUGGCGAGGAUAGUUCGAGACUUCCAUUUGAUGGAAUUCGCUAUAUGCUCCCUGACGAUGUUGGACGCCCCUCUAUUAUCAGCUUUUCUUGAGAUAUGGCACCUAGAGACAUCAUCCUUUCAUCUUUCAUUCGGGGAGAUGACGGUGACUCGGGAUGAUGUGCAUUCCCUAUUUCACCUUCCGAUUGCUGGUACAUUUUUCACACUAGUUCAUAGGGACUAG